GAGAGACAAUAAGAGAGGCCUCAGGAGCCCAGCUGUACUGUGAGUCUCAAGACUCAGAGCUCUGAGAUCUCCACCAUGGCCUGGACCACUCUGCUCCUCCCUCUCCUCUCUCUGUGUACAGGUUCCUUGGCCUCCUAUGUACUGACUCAGCCUCCUGCACUGUCAGUGAACCUAGGGCAGAGAGCCAUAGUCACCUGCUCUGGGGAUAAACUGUCAGAGAAGUAUAUUCAGUGGUUCCAGCAGAAGCCAGGCCAGGCCCCUGUGCAGGUCAUAUAUAAAGAUAGUGAGCGUCCCUCUGGGAUCCCUGACCGGUUCUCUGGCUCCAGCUCAGGAAACAUGGCCACCCUGACCAUCAGCAGAGCCCAAGUUGAGGAUGAGGCUGAUUAUUACUGUAACAGAUGGGAUAGCACUGAUAAAGUUUAUGUGUUCGGCGGAGGAACCAGACUGACCGUCAUAGGUCAGCCCCAGGCUAAGCCCACGCUCACGCUGUUCCCACCUUCCCCUGAGGAACAAAGCUCUAACAAGGCCACAGUGGUAUGUUUGAUAAGUGACUUCUAUCCAGGUGCUGUGACAGUGGCCUGGAAGGCUGACGGCACAGCUGUCAACCAGGGUAUAGAGACCACGCAGCCCUCCAAACAGAACAACAGCAAGUACAUGGCUAGUAGCUACCUGACACUGACAGCGAACGAGUGGAAAUCUGGAAAAACAUACACCUGCCAGGUCACUCACGAAGGGAACAAGGUGGAGAAGAGUGUGUCUGCUGCAGAGUGUUCCUAGGUUCUCCAACCCUCAUCCCAUCUACAGAUGGGACCAGCAGUACACCCAAGUACCCCUUCCCUACCCCAGCCCUAAUCCCUGCAGUCAUCAAAUACUCAAUAAAAUAUUUUCAAUCAUA